CUCAAAGGCACUGCAGUUGUCCGUAGAUUUUUGCAGACAAAUGAAGUGCACCUUAAACAUUUUUCUGGUGGUCUGGUGUCUAGGAUGUGCUAUCAGCACAAAUUCCACCAACAGCAAGGAUUAUCUGGAUUUGUAUAAUGGUGAUGACCAAAUAAUCAUUAUACAGUCGCUCUUCAUGAAAAUCAAUUCCCUAUUGAUAGAAAUCAAUAAUACAAAUCAAAGGCUGGGAGACAUGGAAAAGAGAAUCAGCGAAAUCAAUGAAAGACUUGUGACGCAAAAUUCCCAGAUAAGGAAUUUGCAUCAAGCUGUAGAUUUGCAGAAAAACCAAUUGACCGAAAGCCAAACUGAGAUCAAUAAAAGAUUAGGCGAGUUGUCAGAGGGUAAUGCCUGGAUUACUAUCCUCAAACGUUUUGAUGGUUCUGUUGACUUUUAUCGCUCUUGGCAAGAAUACAAAGACGGGUUUGGUAAACCCCCCAAUGGGGAAUUUUUUAUUGGUCUGACCAAACUCUAUCGUAUGACCUCGGCAGCUCCCUAUGAACUUUUAAUAGAGCUACGCGAUUGGGAUGAUGAAAUGCGUUAUGCCCACUAUGAUCAUUUUAAGAUUGGAAGUGAAAGAGAAAAAUAUAAGCUCAAGAUAUUGGGUAGCUAUUCAGGAGAUGCAAAAGAUGCCUUGUCGCGUCAUAGAAGAGAGAACUUUGCUACCUUUGACGAGGACAGUGAUCAAUGUGCUCAUGAGUACAGGGGAGCAUGGUGGUUUUACAACUGCUACAGCAGCCAUUUGUUUGGCCCCUAUAGAAACAGUAAUGUUGAAAAUCCUGGCAUGAGUUGGGAUAAAUGGAGAAACGAUUAUUCCUUGAAAACUGCCGAAAUGAAAAUUCGUAAAAAAAGUUUGUGACAAAACUGGCUUCAAUAAAAAAGCAGGCCUAAGAAAAAAUAUUCUAGCCAGAAAAAUAAAAUAAACCGAAAAACACA